AUGCCUCUUGUGUGGUACACACUGAAUGGCAAAAAAUAUACAUUUUUUUUGCUCUAUUGGCACAGGUAUGGGACACCAGCUCAAAUGAAUGUUGAUCUGAGAGGUCGGGACCUCCUUACUCUGCAGAACUACACAGCUGAUGAGCUGAAGUAUUUGCUGUGGAUGGCAUCAGAUUUGAAACAAAGGAUAAAGCAUGAAGGAGAGUAUUUGCCAUUGAUGCAAGGCAAAUCUUUGGCCAUGAUUUUUGAGAAGAGAAGCACAAGAACAAGAUUAUCUGCAGAAACAGGAUUUUGUCUCCUUGGAGGACAUGCUUCCUUCCUUACAACACAAGAUAUACAUCUGGGCACUAAUGAGAGUCUCACAGAUACAGCAAGGGUGCUGUCCAGCAUGACAAAUGCAAUCUUGGCUCGAGUUUAUAACCAUAAUGAUCUGGACCUAAUGGCAAAAGAAGCCACGAUCCCAGUAAUCAAUGGAUUGUCUGAUUUAUACCAUCCUCUUCAGAUUUUAGCUGAUUACCUAACUCUUCAGGAGCACUAUGGAGGGCUGAAGGGGCUCACCGUGGCCUGGAUCGGGGAUGGCAACAACGUCCUGCACUCCUUCAUGACGAGCGCGGCAAAGCUGGGAAUGCACCUGAGGAUCGCCACUCCCAGGGGCUUUGAACCGGACCUCAGGAUAACUAAAAUAACUGAACAGAACUCCAGAGAGUAUGGUACCAAGUUACUUCUCACAACAGACCCUUUGGAAGCCGCAGACAGUGCCAAUGUCUUAGUCACAGACACAUGGAUAAGCAUGGGACAAGAAAAGGAGAAGAAAGAAAGACAAAAGGCCUUUCAAGGUUAUCAGAUUACAAUGCAGACUGCAAAAUCUGCUGCUGCCAACUGGACUUUUUUACAUUGUUUACCCAGAAAACCUGAAGAAGUUGAUGAUGAAGUAUUUUAUUCUCCACAGUCAUUGGUUUUCCAGGAGGCUGAAAACAGAAAAUGGACAAUUAUGGCUGUCAUGGUCUCCCUGCUGACAGAUUACUCACCACAGUUACGAAAACCCACAUUUUGAUGCUUGGAUUCCUGCCAGGAGAAAAAUAUUCCUCAUCAGCAGAAUAUUCUGGUCCGCAAACACAUAGAUCUUCUUCAGAAAGGACCAAGGCAAUGAGUGAUUUUUUUUAAUAAAACCAUACAGUUGGCU